CUAUCAACAAUGUUUGAAUUGCCUGUAGUUUAACUCUGUUAACAAUGAGUAUCCUCAAUAAUCCUUCCAGGAGCCUGUUAAAUAAGCCCAAGACUGAGAUGACUCCUGAGGAGCUCCAGAAGCGGGAGGAGGAGGAGUUCAAUACCGGGCCCCUGUCUGUGCUCACCCAGUCUGUCAAAAACAACACACAGGUCCUCGUCAACUGCCGAAACAACAAGAAGCUGCUUGGCCGUGUCAAGGCAUUUGACAGGUAUUUAUGUAGUUAGGCCACUGUAGUUCGGAAGUCAUCCAUUGGAGUUAUACGGUUAAUCUCAAAUGUCCAGCAAAUAGAGACAUUUUACAUUUUAGUCAUUUAGCAGACGCUCUUAUCCAGAGCGACUUACAGUUAGUGAGACACAAGAUAAUGUCAGCAUUUUGUCAUCACAUGUUACGCAUAUCACCCCAAAUACUUAAUUCUUAAUACUAUUUUGGUUAACUGCAUACAUUUGUAUUCCCCUCUCAAUGCAGACACUGCAACAUGGUCCUGGAGAAUGUGAAGGAGAUGUGGACAGAAGUUCCCAAGAGUGGCAAGGGCAAGAAGAAGUCCAAACCAGUAAACAAGGACCGUUACAUCUCUAAGAUGUUCCUGAGAGGAGACUCUGUCAUCGUGGUGCUGAGAAACCCCCUCAUCACAGGAAAAUAGACUGUUCAUUUGCCCACUUCACCUGUCUUUGUCAAAGAGAUGAUGGCAGGCAGUGGGUGGGCUGUCAUUAUGUGAAAAUGAUGUUUUGUUGAGCUGUGUGUUUAGAAUUUAAUGUGAGAAAAGGAUACCUUCACACUUUGGAUUGCUGAUUAGGAUCAAACCUGGCAUUCUAUUUUGUUUAGGGUGCUCUUUUAUUUUUUCAUUUUAAUAAUAAAAGACAAGAGAAGUAUGGUA